AUGGAUUCUAUUCUCACGGUAUUGACCCUACUUCUUGCGUGCUGUGUCGCCUCUGUUCAAUCCGAUCCACGUCCAUAUGCACCAUUCCUGCGAGGUCGACAAUUGAGCAGCAACAGCAAUGCCUCUUCUCUAGAGGUCAAUUUAGGCUAUGGAAUCUAUCAAGGCUACAACAAUGCUACUACAGGUCUGAACCUGUGGAAAGGCAUUCGUUAUGCAGCACCUCCCACGGGUUCCAGCAGAUGGCAGGCUCCGAAAAGUCCAGCGACAAACAACGGUUCGGUGAUUCAAGCUAACCAGUUCGGCCCCAUUUGUCCUCAAGGCCAGGACACAACUAACACAUUGGUCCCAUACAACGGAACUGGAGCAAGUGAAGACUGCCUAUUCUUGAAUGUGUACGCCCCAGCAAAUGCUUCUGGCUUGCCUGUCCUUUUCUACAUCCAUGGUGGAGGGUAUGGCCGUGGCAAUGGUCAACAAGAUCUCUCGGCCAUCAUAAAUGCUAACAAUGAUUCCUUCGUCGGAGUUAGCAUUCAAUAUCGGCUUGGAGCAUUUGGCUUCCUUGCUGGAGAUGAAGUCUUUCGGAAUGGAGUUGUCAAUGCUGGCCUGUUGGAUCAGCACUUCGCGCUCCAAUGGGUGCAGAACUACAUUCAUCUCUUUGGGGGUGAUCCCAGUCAUGUGACAAUCUCCGGUCAAUCCGCAGGAGCUGGCUCGGUCAUGCUCCAAGACAUGGCUUAUGGUGGUUCGCAGGGCCAGUCAUUGUUCAGAAAUACCAUAGCAUCCUCACCUUACUUGCCGAUGCAAUACGGAUACAAGGAUUGGCAACCAUCACAGGCGUACUAUGCCUUCGCGACUAUGGUAGGAUGUGCGCCAACACUACCAUACGGCGCUCACCCAGGCACAAUCUUCGACUGUCUCGUCAGCAAAGAUACUAGCACGUUGCAAAAUGCCAGUGCGACAUUGUCUGAGUCGGGAAAAUACGGCACUUGGUGUUUCCUUCCUGUGACGGACGGUGUCUUCGUUCAAGAUCUUCCGAGUCGGCAGCUCUUACGCAAAGAAUUGAACGGGUUGAAUCUUCUUGUCAGCAACAACGCACUCGAGGGCCCGGCCUAUACUCAGCCCAAUAUCACGACCGAGGACGACCUUGUUGCCUGGCUACAGUUGACGUUUCCCCUUUUCACGAACGAUGACAUUGCCAAGGUCCUGCUCUACUACCCGAGUUCGAAUGCAUCGACAGAUCCAAACGCGCCGCUGUUCGCUACGACUGGCACGAGUGACCCUAGCUUCAUCAAUCAAAGCAGUGUUGCAACUGGUCAACAACAGCGUGCAUUUGCCAUCUACUCGGAGACCACGUUCGUGUGUCCGUCAUACUGGAUGGCGGAAGCGUACAGCGACUUUGGUCGUACCUCGUACAAAUACCAAUACUCGGUGCCUAUUGCAGUUCAUGGGUCAGAUCUUACCGCAUACUUCGGACCAGCAACUCCAAACCAAAGUCCCGAUUUCGUCAACGCCGCGAUGCAAAUCUGGGGCAGCUUCAUCACGCAAGACAAUCCAUCUAUCCCAAGCAGUGUAGCCAACGGAGCGUCGUCCAAUAGUACCCAGACCAACGCAGCGUCCGAGUGGCCUCCGUUCACAAUUUACUCACCCUAUCAGAUGGACUUGAACAUUACAGGAGGGACAUCGUUUCCAUUCAACCUAUCGUACAUUCAUGCUAACUUGACAGAAUAUGGUGAACCCGGCUUGGUCAACGACAUCACCUUGGUGAAUGCAUACACUUGGGAGGCAGGCCGAGGAUAUCGAUGUGACAUGUGGAGAAGCCUUGCAGCCAUAGUGCCUGAAUGA